GGUUUUGAAUUUCCCCUUCAUUAAAACAUUUGUUUCUGCAUUACUCUCCUUCCUAGCCUGCUGGGACUCCACUGAGCAACUGUGGAAGCAGGAUGGCUCGUGCUCCUUAAGAGGAGUCUGUGGGAGCAAGCAAAGGAAGAAUGAGCUUUCUCUGUGGCAGCAUGAGAAUGCACUGUUUUAAAGUGCUGCCAAGAAGGAUAUAGGAGCAUGCAGUGGAGUUAUGUUCUGUCAUCUCGGAUCCAUCUUGUCACCCCAACACCUAGCAGUUCCUGCAGCAUUUCUGGUAAUGCCAGUGACCAUUCCCUGUUGUGGUUUCAUGCAUUGGCUAGCUAAGGUCCACCGUGCUGCUCCCUUGUUCUGCAUCCUCAGAAAGACAGAAGAAACUAUGAAAAAAGCUCCUGGAUUGAGAAAAGGACAGAGAGCUCACUCGGCCACUGUCACAGGGAGAACAGACUCAGUGCAAGGGAGAUUAAUGUAAUUUAUUGCCUAUUGCUAGCAAACUAGAGCAGUGAGAACUAAAAAGCAAAUUAAAAUUGCCUUCCUACCUGCCUCCAACCCUCUUCUACCCUACUCCCUUUGAGCUGCACAGGGGAGCAGGGGCUGUGGACGAUCCAUAACGCUUUGUCUCUGCUGCUCCUCCGUGGUUGCUCUUUGCCCCUGCUCCAACAUGGGGUCCCUCCCACAGGAUGCCAUGCUUCCCAAACUGAUCCUGCGUUGGCCUCCCACGGGCUGCAGCUCUUCAAGCACUGCUCCAAAAUGGCUCAGUACCAUGGGGUGUGGGUCCCCUAAGGGAGCAGUUACCCCAGCCCUCCUGUCCCACCAUGGGCUCCUUUCCACACACUGCUGCUCCUGCAGGGUCUCUCCAUGCAGAGGCCUGCAGUAGAGCAGGAGGACAGCCUGCUCUACUGCAGGCCUCUCCUGGGCUGCAGGGAACUUUUGAUCUGUCCUGCACCUUCUGUCCUCCUCCUGCCCUGACUCUGGUGGCUGCAGGGCUGCUUCUCUCACGUUUCUCACUCUUCUCCCAGUUGAUUUUGUGCAGCUUUUUUUUCCCUUCAGUCUGCUCUCCCAGAGGUAUGCUCAGUGUCACUCAUGGUUCAGCUCUGCCCAGCAGCAAGUUCCUUUUGGAGCAGCUGGAGUUGGCUUUAAUCUGACAUGGGGCAGCUGCUCACAGAAGCCAUCCCUAUAGCCCCCUAAUACCAAAACCUGGCCAUACAAACCAAGCUUGUAUGCUCGUGCUAAGGCACAGACCCAAUCUUGUACUUCAAGAUGAAGGCAGAUGAUCAGGCAGCUUCUCCUCUGAGCUCACUCUAGCAUAAGAGCCAAAAAACUGAAGUCAGCCACAACAUUUCAAACACUUCAGUCUUUGUGGAAGUUUCUCAAUCUGCUUGCUAUGAGGAGCAAAUUUCCUGUGAAAACAAAGUACUGUACACUUUACAAAAAAUUGUGUAACAGAUUCAUGAACUUUUAGACAGGACAAGGGCAAUUCUGUGUUGAAAGUGGGCUGGUACUGGGAAAUUCCCAGCCCUGGGUGUCCUUUUCAAUUUCCUCUUUUCUGGGCUUUAAAUCCCUUAUAAAUACCCUUUCUGAAAGCAGACAAGACGGGCUUCACUUCACCUGGCCUCCUGGCUUUGCCUUUCUGCAGUGCUCUGUGUCAGGUUUGGGCAGGGAACCAUGAGGCUCUGUAUCUUCUUCGUGUUGCUCUCCAUUGUUCUAUAUGCAAGUGCUGACAACCCAUUCUCCAGGGGUUUCAAGUUUAUAAAGGAUGCAGCUGGAGGCACACAGGAUAUGUGGAGAGCAUACCGGGACAUGCGUGAUGCAAACUACAUUGGUGCUGACAAGUAUUUCCACGCUCGUGGCAAUUACGAUGCUGCCCGGCGAGGACCCGGUGGUGCUUGGGCAGCCAAAACGAUCAGCGAUGCCCGGGAGCUCUGGCAGAGCGGUAUAAGCGGCAGAGGCGCGGAGGACACCCGGCUCGACCAAGAGGCCAACGCAUGGGGCAGAAGAGGCGGUGAUCCCAACCGCUACAGGCCCGCAGGCCUUCCCAAGAAAUAUUGAACUUGCUCCGUUCCCCUGUUCCCCCUCCCUCGUGCAGACCAAUAAAGAAGCUGCUGCGUUUCCAGGA